AUGAGUGCCUGGACAGAUGACGAGUAUAUGAAUGCGCAGGCGGCGGUCUCGCUUCCCCCUCGAGAGUAUGUUCCCUACAGAACGCCUUCAACCAAGUCAAGAAAAUCGAGGCGCUCGGCCCGCUCUAUCACGCCGCCGGCAAAGAAGAAGCUUUCGCCCACGAGGAAUGGAAACGCCUCGAAGCGUUCCUCGAGAGAUAUCACAACCGACGAGCAGAUCAGCAUCCUCGAUCCACGACGCUUCACACCCACUUUGCAUGCCAACUUGGUCUCUGAGAUCUUGUCGCUGAGGAGAGAUCAAGAAGAGAAGACGAAAGUCAUCGAAAGCCUCGAAAGUGCGCUCCAAGAAAGCCGGGAGGGUCUGGACGCCCUACAAGAGAGCGUAAAUGCUACGACCAAGGAGAAUCGCUCAUUACAACGACAGCUGUCUUUACUGGAGGGUGGAACGUCUUCAGCCCUGGGAGAUCUUUCAAAAGAGAGAGACGAAGCUGUCGAAUCAGUUGCCGAGACCAAGAAACGUUUAGAAGCAGCCCAGAGGAGGAUUCGGAGCCAAGAGGAAGAUUCUCAGCGAGUUCAUGAGCAAUGGGCGGAGGAAAAAGAGAGCUGGGAAAACGAAAAGCGCAAAUAUGAGCGGCGAAUCCACGUGGCGGAGAGCCGCCUUCAAAUGGUGCUCGAUGAGGUGGCAGCCUAUCAAGCCAAUCACGCAAAUGGAGCAGCUCAACAAGGCCAAGGUCAUGGCCAUGAAAGCGAUGCCGAAGAGAGCGGUAGGGACAACGACUCUCGCAGUGUCCGAACAAUGAGCCUCACAAGUAGCAUUCGGUACUCCAUGGCCAAUGGACCUGGCCUCUCCCUCAACAGCUAUUCUCUGGCAGACGAGCUCAAAUUUGAUGACACCGAUGACCAAACGGACAUUGAUGGACGCGAGAGUGUCUUCUCCAGCCCACGACAGCCAAGCCCGCGACAACAUCGGCGAACAUAUAGCCGUGAGAGCAUCAUCAGCAAGCUUCAUCGGAGGACGCAGAGCAUCGACAGCAUGAAGCGUCCUGGCAGUGUUGCGCGCGGUAGUCGAAUCCUGAUGAACCAAUCCCUCCUUGAGGCUCUUGAAGGCGAAGACGAAGAGACUGAGGGCGAGGACUCUGCUCGAGCCCUGACUCACUCCCCUGCUCCUAAGCCAGCAUAUGCUGAUACAGGAAUACAGUUCUCGCCACCAUCCUCACCUGUACUGGACGCAAAGGAACCGGAGUCUGGGGCACUUGAUGCAGAUACACCCCCACGAUCUCCCCAACAAAGUGAGCCCAUUCACUUACCCCCUGCUGUUGAGAUGCCAGCUACGCCCCAGCGCAUGGUGUCGUCGGCCUCACAGACGGUUGGGGUUCCGUUGACGCCGCCGAAGACACCAAGCUCGUUGUACUCCCUACCCAGUGGAUCACCAGCGGAGGUGAAAGCGCCCAAGUCUGGACCAAAGAUGGUGACUUCCUCUACACAGACUGAGGCUCCUGUUCCAGCUCCCGUGGUUCCUCCCGUGCCGUUACCCCCCUUGGACAUUCCGAGUAUCAGCAUUCAGCCGCCAACCAGCCGGCCUGCAUCGCCGCAUUCUCCGAAGCUACCCCAAUAUUUCAAAGACUUUGGCUGUCAAGUCAACAUCGUUGUUCAAGACGGUAUGGUUGAUUCAUGCUCUCAGACAGAGGCCAUCCAAAUUGAUAAGAGGCUGGCUCGUCUUCCAGCGCAUCUUCAGCCGUCUUCUAUCACUUCCCGGCCUACCUCGCCUCAUACGUCGGGUAUUGCUGUUCCCGACAAGGGCGACAUUCCUCUUCCUGGUAGCUUGCCUCCUCGGAACCCUCGACGAUUGGAGAGCAGCCGGUAUAGCACCGAGCUUCCCUCUUCCCCCAUCAGUAUUGCGAUGGACGACCAUGAUUUGCAUAACUUCGACGACGAUCUUCUUCUCUCGAGCCAACGCGCUCCCAUAAUACCACCUCGCCGCUUCAGCAGCCUGUUCUCUGGUUUCUGCACCGAUUCGGAUGAAAUCGACGAGUUUGGCGAUCUGGACUUGAGCGAUUCCGAGUACCGCACGGCGUUGACGGCUCCCAGACCUCCUUCGAACCUGAGCCGAACUGGCAAGCGAAGUUCAUUCGGCACCGUGACGACUUCGCCAGAGCAGCCUUCCAAGCGCUCUGGUAGAACGUCUGCACGAUCGGUCAGGAGCGGCGACCUGUACAGUGUCGGUGAGGAUGAGAGACCGAGCAGGAUCACGGAGCUUUCUCCAGCACCUGCCCUAUCACCGUCGAGCCGCAACAGCGAUAUGCGAAAGGCGACAAUGGCCCAGACUGGCAUGGUAAAUUAUCCUACCAUCGUCGAGCCCAAGAACCCACCGCCAUUCCCUAUUCCAGCCCGAGCAAGCUCGCGGAAGCCAUCCAUCAGCGCCAGCAGCAUCCCAAGUGACGGGCGAAGCACUCCAUCGACCACUAGCUGGCAUCGCCAUCGUCGGAGUGGCAGCCGCACUAAUCAUGCCAACAACGUUCGUCGUGUCCGAUCCGCAAACACACUGCAACGCCAUGAACGCCAUCAAAGGACAGGCAGCCGAACACCGCCAUUGUCGCCUUCGACUGAGGCCCCCGAAAGCCCCGGCCUCCCGCCCCUGCCUCGAAAUGCGAUUACCACGCCCAGGAACCGAGAAGGCAGCACAUAUAAAAAGCAUCGUCACCAGCUAUCCAACAACACAGUGAUGACGGCGAAGUCAGAAGCUGCGUCUCAGGCCAGCUCGCAGACUCCCGGAGUCGUGGAUGCUAUUGCCCAGACCAUGGUCGGAGAAUGGAUGUACAAGUAUGUUCGCAGAAGGAAGUCAUUUAGCGUUGGAGAGGGUGCGCACAAGGAUGAGAACAGCAACGACAGGCACAAGCGAUGGGUCUGGGUGGCGCCGUAUGAGCGAGCUAUCCUUUGGAGCAGCAAGCAGCCGUCUUCCGGCAGCGCCUUGUUAGGAAAGACGGUGGCUAUCCAAUCAGUCCUCGACGUCAAAGAUGACAAUCCGGCACCGAGGGGUGUUACGACGCCAAUCUUCAACCGGUCCAUUCUGAUCCUCACACCGCAGCGAGCACUCAAAUUCACGGCACCCACGGCAGAGAGACACUACCUCUGGCUGACGGCUCUGUCGUUCCUGGCCCAUUCCUACCAGGCUGUCCCCGAUGUUCUACCUGCCCCAGCUCAACAGCACCUCUCGGUCAAGCAGCAGCCUCUGCCGAACUUCGAGCCCCCUCGACCUACUAAGCUGACGAGAGGAGGGAUCCGAGAUUCGAUUCGAUUAGCCAAGGGCCGGGCUGUUGCGCAAAAGCCGGACCUGUCGACUAUGCCCAGCAUUCCGGACGUUCCAUCCGUGCGGAUGGGAGACGUGGCCAGGUUCCGAGUGGCAGAGUCCGUGAAUGGACCUGGGCACUCGAGGGAAGACUCAGUAGACGCCGCCGUGCCGCCCAUGAUUCCACGCUUCAGCGACAAGAAGGGCCGCGCGGCUCCGAACCACAGCCGCAAACGAAGCAACACCGGAGGCCGUGUGCCCCCGCCGCUGUCUUUCCGAGGCUUCGCGGGGCCGACGCUGGGUGAAGGCGACUACCAAUACGCAAACAGCACGACGGGUGCCAGCAUUGACACCUCUGGCUCUUCUGACAUUUACCAGUCCCAGGGAUCCACUGCUGCCAGCUGGGGAGUAGCCCAGACGCCGCUGUCAACGGUAUCGUCCCAACAAGGCAACUUCUUUGACGCGAUAGGGACUGUGCGCAUGGAAGCCUUCAUCAGCCCCCAUGCGUACCAGGAGUACAAUGAGUACCAAGGAGGGGAAGACUAUCGGUCACUGGCGCGGAAGAAGAGCAAGGAGUUCCGCCGGCGCAGCAGCCGACACCGUCGUCGAGCCCAGCUGUCAAGGAGCACCCGCGCAUCUGACGAAUUCUUCAGCGGCAGCAAGACCGCGGGAGAGGAGGAUUUUUUCCGUGACGAUCCUUUCAAGGGCUUCUAA